AGCGUGUGGGAAGGGUUUGUGAUGCCACGGCGUCUUGCGAUAGUUUGGGACGUUACAUUGGUCUUUGGCAUCAUCGGUGGCCUUUGGUGGAUCUCGCAACAGACGACUCCAAUGCUAUGAAUGCUGAUACUUGGCCUGUUGCUUCCCCUUUCGGUUUCUCUUACAGCCUCAGAGGCUUUUUCGGUCGAGGAAUACCCAUAUAGCUUCGGAAUCUUCAAUACCAAACUCGUUUACCAACUCUAUUCCCGCCUAGCCUUAUCAUCUUUGCCUCUUCGUUUUCUACCGCUUCGUGUCCUCCCUCCUACAUGCUCAUUCUUCCGCCUUCAACACCGCUCAUAUUGGUCCUACUCCCCACCCUUGCAGCUUCUCGUCGUUCUACAUCGUAUGAAGGGCAAAACAUCCGCCACCACCACUGCGAUAGAAGCCGGGAAUUGCGGUACCUCUCGUACCAGGCAUACAAAGUGGGCGACUGCGAGGGCCGUGAAGCCCACCCAAUGCGAUGAGAAUGAUGGCGUAUACGGCGGUAGCGUAGACGGCGGCGAAAUAGACGACAGCUGAAAGGAAGGCACCGGACGUCCUUCGCGUAGAGGACAGCAUCUUGUGGAGCCAAGCUGCCGAGGCAGUGAGGAGUAGAGCCCUUAUUCUCUGUUUCGAAUCAUUGGGGGGGGGAAUGUGAAUAGAAAAGAAGAGAAAGCCGGCUUCACGACCAGAAGACAAAGAACCAGUCGCAUCCUUUGCCCACCCUCAACCAGAAAACCCGAACAAAGCUUUCCCCUUCAUCUGUCCUUGUCGGCCUCCCUCCCUGCCUCCCAUCCACUCAACAUCUCCCACCCCUCC